UCAGUUUGCACCAUGAGGAAGGCAAUGCUCUGUGCUGCGAGCAGAGCGGGAGCUGGACUCCUCCCUUCCAGAAGCGUGCCUGCAAACGCAAUCUGCCCCUGGCUUGAGUUCUUGCCUUACACCUGUCCCUUCACAAGUGGCUUUUGCAGGUGCUGUGUCAUUGCUGGACUAAAGCAGGUGAGCUGGGGCGGAUGCCCAGUGCCGCGCACUUGUUCUAGAGCUUUGUCUUCUCUGCAUCCCCUCCAGCCAAGCACAUAAGGUGCUUCCACCAUUCUACCUAUUUACUCUUUCCCUCGCCAGCCGCCCCCCCACAUCUGUCCCCAGUGCCAGGUCCCAGAGAACCUCAGGAAGCCCUGGAGAAACCGGCCAGCAUCUGAAAACGGAGCACUUCGGAAACCCGGAGCGACACCCAUUUGGAGUCCCUGCACAUGGCUGAUGCGGACCGUGGACCAGCCUCCUGUUUCCAGCCUGCCUGUUUCACCUUCCCCUUCAUCUCUUUCAGACCCAGGUUCUCCUCGAUGCCCAGACCCAACUUCACUGCUGUGACACAGUUCACCUUUGAAGGCUUUUCCAUUUUUGGCUGGCAGUACAGACUCAUCCUCUUCGUGGUCUUUCUGGUCUUGUACCUGUUGACCCUUGCCAGCAACGCCCUCAUCCUGACGGUCAUCCGCCUCAACCAACUUCACACACCCAUGUACUUCUUCCUGAGCGUCCUGUCCGUUUCUGAGACCUGUUACACCGUGGCCAUCAUCCCCCGGAUGCUGUCCAGUCUCCUGAGCCCCCAACAACCCAUCGCUGCCCAAGGCUGUGCCACUCAGCUCUUCUUCUAUCUCACCUUCGGCAUCAACAACUGCUUCCUGCUCACGGCCAUGGGGUACGACCGCUACGUGGCCAUCUGCAACCCCCUACGGUACUCGGUCAUCAUGGGCAAAAGGACCUGUAUACAGCUGGCAAGCGGAUCCUGGAGCAUUGGCCUGAGCACAGCCAUCACGCAGGUGUCUUCUGUGUUCAGCCUGCCCUUGGAGAGAGAGAACUGUACUCUCAUCACUGAGUUGGUUUUCCAGGGUUUCUCCAGCUUCUGUGAGCACCAGCUCACCCUGUUUGUCGUGUUCCUUGCGCUGUACGCCUUCACCCUGGCUGGCAACGUCGUCAUCGUGACCAUCAUUAGUGUUGACCGUCACCUUCACAUGCCCAUGUACUUCUUCCUGAGCAUGCUGUCCGCUUCAGAGACCACAUACACGCUGGUCAUUAUACCCAAGAUGCUCUGUAACCUCCUGGGCCUGAGCCGGCCCAUCUCCUUGGCUGGCUGCGCCACCCAGAUGUUCUUCUUCCUCACCUUGGCCAUCAACAACUGCUUCCUGCUCACGGCCAUGGGCUACGACCGCUAUGUGGCCAUCUGCAACCCCUUGAGAUACACAGUCCUCAUGAACAAGACGGUGUGCAUCCAGUUGGUGGGGGGGGCCUGCAGCAUUGGCCUAAUCGUAGCCACGACACAGGUGCUGGCCGUGUUCAGGCUGCCCUUCUGUGCCACAAAGGUGGCCCACUUCUUCUGUGACAUCCGACCCGUGAUGAAGCUCUCCUGCGUGGACACCACGGCCAAUGAGAUCCUGACUGUCGUCAUCAGUGUGCUGGUGAUUCUGGUGCCCAUGGGGCUGGUCUUCAUCUCCUACAUCCUCAUCAUCUCCACCAUCCUCAAGAUCCCCUCUGCCCAGGGCCGGAAGAAGGCCUUUGCCACCUGCGCCUCCCACCUCACGGUGGUCAUAGUCCACUACGGCUGCGCCUCUGUUGCCUAUCUCAAGCCCAAGUCCGAGAACAGCAGGGAUCAGGAUCAGCUGAUCUCGGUGACCUACACGGUCAUCACCCCCCUGCUGAACCCUGUGGUGUACACGCUGAGGAACAAGGAGGUCAAGAAUGCCCUGCUCCGGGCCACUGGCAGGAAGCUCUCCUGA